AUGGUACAGUCAUUUCGUUUACAGGAUAAGGUUGCCAUUAUAACUGGUGCCUCUUCUGGCCUAGGUCGAGCUAUCGCUAUUCGUUACGCGAGAGAGGGCGCCAAGGUAGUCUGUGCCGAUUUGACACCAACAGCUCGCUCCCAAGAGGAAGCUAGUAUCACGACUCAUGACUUGAUCACCCAGGAGAGUGGGCAGGCCAUCUUUGUUAAAACCGAUGUUGGUGAUGCUACACAAAUGGAAAACUUGGUCAAGGAAGCCGUGAAAGCAUAUGGAAGACUUGACGUCCUGGUCAAUAAUGCUGGAAUAAGUAUCGAGGCCCGGUUCCCAGCUGUUCUUCAUUUAACCGAUGAAGCAACCUGGGACUCGACGAUGCGAGUGAAUGUGAAGUCAGUCUUCCUUGGCUGCAAAUAUGCCCUCGCGCAGAUGUUAGCACAGGAGCCACAUGCUUCAGGGGACCGGGGAUGGAUCAUUAACAUCUCAUCAAUUAUGGGCAUGAUUGCGGGGCCAGAGAAUCCCUCUUACUGUGCAUCAAAGGGAGCUGUUAGCCAGCUCACGAGGCAGAUCGCCUUGGAUUAUGCUCCUAACAGAAUCCACUCUAAUGCGAUUUGCCCUGGAUAUACCCAAACCGCUAUUUUCAAGGAAACAACAACUAAUCUUACUCCUUGGGACGAUCUCAACCGCCGACACCCGUUGAAAGGCCCCGGAUUCCCUGAUGAUAUUGCCAAAAUGGCUGUUGUUUUGGCAAGUGAAGAUGCUAGCUGGGUCACGGGAGUUUGUUUGCCUGUGGAUGGUGGAUACACUGCCCGCUAG